AAGGGUAAAGAAAACAAAAGCCUGCGUUGUCACUUUGCGUCCAUUCUUUUAAUCAACGAAGCACUGUCAGUGGGACUCUGGGUUUUGCUACACAAUCAUCCUCCCCUUUCUCUCUCCAACUACUGUCACCUCUUCAUCGGAGGAGGAGACAGUGGCCACCACCUCCACUCCCCUUUUCUUCGCAAUUUCUCUUUCAACUCCGCCAUGAUGCUCCAUUUCUCCACCCUAUAACUCAACUUCCCAUGACCUAUUCUUGCCCUUGAAGAACCCUCUUGAAAGUGGUUAAGAUGGCAUGGAUGAAAGAAAAUGAUGGGAAUGGAAAAGAUAAGGAGUUAGGUGGAGAUAAUGGUUUUUCAAAAGUGAAAGAACCGUCUGUUAGUUCUGGUGGUUGUACUGUUUCGGUGAAUCGGAAAUCUGAAGUGAAAGAAAAUAUUUCCUAUGCUAACAUUUUGCGAUUGAGGAACAAGUUUGCGGAUUCUCUUGCUUUGUAUGAGCGUGUUUUGGAGAGUGAUGGUGGGAAUGUGGAGGCUCUCAUUGGGAAAGGCAUAUGCUUGCAGAUGCAGAAUUCGGGUAGGCUUGCUUUUGAUAGUUUUUCGGAGGCUAUUAAGUUGGAUCCUCAGAAUGCUUGUGCUCUCACACAUUGUGGUAUUCUUUAUAAAGAAGAAGGUCGGUUGAUGGAGGCAGCUGAGUCAUAUCAAAAGGCGUUAAGGGUGGAUCCUACGUACAAAGCAGCUGCUGAAUGCUUAGCCAUUGUACUAACGGAUAUUGGUACCAACAUAAAGCUUGCAGGAAACACUCAGGAGGGAAUUCAAAAAUAUUUUGAAGCUCUAAAAGUAGAUCCACACUAUGCUCCAGCAUAUUAUAACCUUGGUGUGGUCUAUUCUGAAAUGAUGCAAUAUGACAUGGCCCUCACUUUCUACGAAAAAGCUUCAUCAGAGAGGCCUAUGUAUGCUGAAGCAUAUUGCAACAUGGGUGUGAUUUAUAAAAAUCGAGGUGAUUUGGAAGCGGCUAUUACUUGUUAUGAGAGGUGUUUAGCUGUUUCACCUAACUUCGAGAUUGCCAAAAAUAACAUGGCUAUAGCUUUGACAGAUUUGGGAACAAAGGUUAAAUUGGAGGGUGACAUCAACCGGGGUGUGGCUUUUUAUAAGAAAGCCUUGUUUUAUAACUGGCAUUAUGCUGAUGCUAUGUAUAAUCUCGGGGUUGCUUAUGGUGAGAUGCUUAAGUUUGAUAUGGCUAUUGUGUUCUAUGAGCUCGCCUUCCAUUUCAAUCCACAUUGUGCGGAAGCUUGUAACAAUCUAGGUGUUAUAUAUAAAGAUCGUGACAACCUUGAUAAAGCUGUAGAAUGCUACCAGCUUGCUUUGUCAAUCAAGCCCAACUUUUCACAGUCAUUAAAUAACCUUGGUGUUGUCUACACUGUCCAGGGUAAGAUGGACGCCGCUGCAAGUAUGAUUGAGAAAGCUAUCAUUGCAAAUCCGACAUACGCAGAGGCAUACAAUAACCUAGGAGUUCUUUACAGAGAUGCUGGUGAUAUUGCUCUAGCAAUUAAUGCUUAUGAACAAUGUCUCAAGAUUGAUCCUGACUCUCGAAAUGCUGGCCAGAACCGCCUGCUUGCAAUGAAUUACAUAGAUGAAGGAAAUGAUGACAAACUUUUUGAAGCUCAUAGGGAUUGGGGUAGGCGGUUUAUGAGACUAUAUCAACAAUUCACAUCAUGGGACAACUCAAAAGAUCCCGAACGGCCUCUUGUGAUAGGAUAUGUAUCUCCUGAUUAUUUUACACACUCUGUGUCAUAUUUCAUAGAAGCUCCCCUUAUAUAUCACAACUACGCCAAAUAUAAAGUGAUUGUUUAUUCAGCAGUUGUCAAGGCAGAUUCAAAAACCAUUCGGUUUAGAGAGAAAGUUUUAAAGAAGGGUGGGAUCUGGAAAGAAAUUUACGGGACUGAUGAAAAGAAGGUCGCUGAUAUAAUUAAAGAAGAUCAAGUUGAUAUUUUGGUAGAACUUACUGGUCAUACUGCAAACAAUAAGCUGGGAAUGAUGGCAUGUCGACCUGCUCCAGUUCAGGUGACUUGGAUUGGUUAUCCCAAUACUACAGGAUUGCCUGCAAUUGAUUACAGGAUAUCUGAUUCACUGGCAGACCCUCCUGAAACAAAGCAGAAGCAUGUUGAAGAGUUAGUCCGAUUACCAAAUUGCUUCCUUUGUUACACUCCUUCCCCCGAGGCCGGUCCUGUGUGUCCGACUCCCGCUCUUUCCAAUGGUUUUAUUACAUUUGGUAGUUUUAACAAUCUUGCCAAGAUUACUCCUACAGUAUUGAAGGUUUGGGCAAGGAUACUGUGUGCAAUUCCAAAUUCUCGCCUCGUGGUAAAAUGUAAACCAUUUUGCUGUGAUAGUGUGAGACAGAGGUUUCUUUCAACCCUAGAACAAUUGGGAUUGGAACCACUACGAGUUGAUCUUCUGCCCCUUAUUCUACUUAACCAUGAUCAUAUGCAAGCAUAUUCUCUGAUGGACAUCAGUUUGGACACAUUUCCAUAUGCCGGGACAACUACGACAUGUGAAUCUUUAUACAUGGGAGUUCCAUGUGUUACAAUGGCUGGUUCAGUACAUGCACACAAUGUUGGUGUUAGUCUUCUUAGCAAUGUUGGGCUGGGGAAUUUGAUUGCCAAAAAUGAAGAUGAAUAUGUUAAACUGGCCAUGAAGUUAGCCUCCGACAUUCCAGCAUUACAAAAUUUGAGAAUGAGUUUACGAGAGCUCAUGUCCAAGUCUCCUGUUUGUGAUGGAGCAAACUUUAUCCUUGGUCUAGAGUCAGUGUAUAGGAGCAUAUGGCGCAGAUACUGUGAGGGAGAUGUUCCAUCUUUGAAACGCCUGGAAUUGUUAGAACCACCUGUUUCUACCGAUAAGAACUCUGAGCCAACAAGGGUCAUAAACGCAAUUGAGGGCAGCACUGGAUCUGUCAAGGCGAAUGGAUUCAAUUCAGCACAGCCACCAAAACUUAAUACCAGCGGUUGCGAAGAAAAUGGCGGGUCCUUGAAAAACAGUAAGUAAGCAGGGAGUGGUGGGUUCAAGUUGAAUUUUGUGAGUGGUUCAAGGGUGUUGAACUGUAUUACUAUUGGUGGAUUAUUAAGCUGGUAUGUAUAUUAUGGUUACUAAUGGAAGAGAGGUUUGUAUCAAUCACGGCCUCAUAAAAUGAAAGCUUUUCAUAGAAUGCCAAUUUUUUGGGAAAGAAGUGUCAGCAAUGGUCAUCAAAUCAAUUUGUCUCCUCAACUGAUGUGGAUACGCAACGCCGCGAUGCUGGCAUUAAAUGCAUCCUUCAAUAGCUGUAACACAUCUUUUUCCCUAAAUUAUAGCCAGUGUUGUUAUAGUAGCUAUGCACAAAUCACUAUUUCACAAUAUAUGCUAUUGAGUUGAAGGUGUUGUGAAAGGGCUUUGUGAUUGACAACACUGGUUAUAAUAUAGUUAGAGUGUAGGUUGUGUAAUAUUUAUUUGCUGUUUUUCUUUUCUAGAAUGUCAUCGUUGGCUACUUAUGGAGUGUAUCUGAAUGACUGAAAAAAUCAUUUUCUAUCAAAGUGUGACUAGACAAAUUCAUCA